AUGAUCUUAGUUAUUAUUGGAGCGAUACUUGGUCUAGCUAUUGGACAGGAGAAUAGGAAACCGUGCAUGUACAAGGUGAUUGGGUCGGAUACAUCCAUUAGAUAUAAUAGCUCAUUGGAUGGAGAAAUAACAUACUUGCUUGCAGAAAAUCAGUCUGGAUGUGAAAUUGAUCUGAGUGGAUUAUACACGAAUCUGAGCACUUUAUACAAUUCAAGCUUUAGGCACAAUAGAAAGGAAUUGUUCAUCAGUUUAAGAAUAUUCUGUUAUGAAGAUGCAGUGGGAAACGAUAUUCACUUGAACUCUUCAUUGGAACAAAACAAAAAUCACAAAGUUAAAGUAGCAGUACAAAUAGUGUUACGAAGUUGUUCACUGUUUGUAAAUGAGUUACACAUCUUGAAGAACCAUGGAAGAAUAUGGUCCAUACUUCAGACAAAUUCUUCAAUAAUACAUCCAGAAUCCGACUGCUCUAGUCUUGCUCAAUUACAAAUUCUUUCAUCCCGUCUUCCAUGUGAUACAAACAGCAGAUCUUCUGCUAUCAGGGCAGCAAGAUUUUUUUGGGAAUUCUGUAGCAAACCGUUUGAAACAGUUUUCAAUCUAAAGCUAGAAGGUUGUUUCCAUGAACAAUAUGAAAUUAAACAAGAUUUACUACAACACACAUUUCCAAAACUUCAAACAUUAAAUUUGAAAUACGUUAACUUGACAAAAUCUUUUGUGACAUAUCCAUGGACAAAUGUAUAUAUUGAUACACCAGAAGGCAAGUAUAUAUCAUACCUGUCUUCAAAUUAUGAAAGUGUUGUAAAGAAUGCAUCGUCAUUCCCAAGAGAAAUAACAAUACGUAGUAGCGAUGUAAACAUCAGCAACGUGAAAUUCAUUGGAGAUAUAUCUAUAAUUACGUUAAACAGUAUCCAUUUGAAAAGUCUGAAUGACAAUACAUUCAGAAAUGUUAGUGGUUUAACGCGACUGGACCUAUCUUACAAUGACCUGGAGAUGAUAGAUCUAAACGUGUUCCAAAUGUUAACAAAACUGAAGUAUUUGUAUUUGAGAAUGAACAAACUGACAGUCUUACUCCCCGAUGUGUUUAACUGGCUACAUAAUCUGCUUCUCCUUGAUUUGUCUAACAACAAAAUUAAAAUCUUAAAUCAAGGUCAAUUUAAACACCUAACAAAAUUAGAAGAGGUAAAUCUUGAAAAUAAUGAAAUCACAGAAUUACCAGACGAUUUUUUAAAAGGUCAAAUUCAUUCUAUAAGGACACUAAAGUUAUCGUGGAAUCCUCUUGAAAAGAUUCCAGUUUACCCUCUGUAUGCCGACGGAGUUGCUCAGAUAUUUGUUAGUCAUUGUAGAAUAAAUUCAAGUAGUUUUCAAGCAUUUAUAGACAGUCUAAGUCACAACGACCUUACUGCAGCUUACGUAAGCAAUGCAGUACGACGAUCUGGAUCUGACUUUUCACCUGACAAUAAAUAUUUCCUACGAAGGGCCAUUCUCGACCUAUCUUUCAAUCAAAUAGGAACUAUUGAAAAUGCUGUGACGAGUGAAUCACUGAUGUUUAAAUUUCAAGAUUUAAUCAAAGCUUUUUAUGUAAGCCUUACCGGAAAUCCAAUAGACUGCACAUGUAUGCCAAAUAUUCCACAACUGAUUUCAGAGAUAAAUAAAGAUUCAGUGACGGGUAUAAAGUGGAUAUGUGUGUACCCUUUGGAAUUGAAAGGGAGACUUGUUUCGAGUAUAUCAACAGACGAGACUUACUGUCCAAUUUUAAUUGAAAACUGCCCAGACUGUUGCUCUUGUUUUGCGCGUGAAACCAGACAAACUGCAAAUGGACACAAUAAUUAUAGCAGCACAAUCAUUGUCGACUGCAGAAAUUUAAACAUUACACAUUUGCCUGAAAAAAUGCCAACUGGGAAACUAGAACUUUGGUUUCAAAACACAAGUCUAACACAGUUAACUGCUAGGGACUACUUCAGAAAUACAACGGUACUUGAUGCCUCACACAACAGAAUAAACGUAAUUACACCAACUGCAGCAAUUGCACUGACAAAUUUAACAUCUUUAAAAUUAGACCAUAAUAACUUAACAAGUUUUCCUGUUCAAAUAAUGUCAACCAAUAUUAGAAUGCUAACACUUGCAAACAACCCUUUUCUCUGUGACUGUCGCAUCCGCUGGAUGAAAACGUGGCUCCUCAAAAGAACGAGCCCAGUUACAGACUGGAAUGCAAUUGAAUGUUCUUAUAAUACAAGCAAAGUAAACCAAAUGGUAUCUGUGUCGGAAUCAUUUUUUGUUUGUCAUUCCCAGUCUACAACGAGUAUUUCCGAACAUAUAAUUUUUCCAUCAGUUGUAACAGGUUGUACUUUAUUUGUUUUAGUUUCAAUAUCUCUGCUGAUAUAUUUCCAAAGAUUCACAAUUAAAGUGUUACUCUUUAUGCACUUUGGGAUUCAUUCAUUUGAUAAACAAAAACACGAUGAUGCAAAUAUGGAAUAUGAUGCUUUUGUGCUUUAUUCACACAAUGACGAUGCUUUUGUGCAAAAGAAUAUAGUCAAAGGUCUAGUCAUCAAAGGGUAUACUGUUUUGAACCUGUAUGAAGAUCUUGUUGUUGGCUUCACAUUUCUGAACAACAUUGAACAAUUAAUUAACAAAUCAAGAAAAAUCAUAUUCUCAGUGACGGAAGACACGUUUAACGAUGAUCUGCUGAUGUCAGCAUGGAAUAUAGCUUACGAAACAGCUAUUAACAAUUAUUCAAACUCUAUCAUUUUGAUAGUGGAUAGCGAAAUAGUGCAUAAAUGCCAAGACAUAAAUCUUAGAAAAUAUAUAAAGACUGGCAAAUUCAUCAAAAGGAAAUCUAAAAUUCUGCAAUCGAGCGUUUUGUAUCUUAUGCCAAAGCAGACUAGUAACAAGAAUGGAGAAGAUGAAAACAUCGAAGAAAUAAGUAUACCAAUGAUUGAGGAUAGAAGUGACUCGGAUAUUGAUUUUAAAAACAAUUUAGUGUAUAUUACAUAUCCAGAUGAACUAGACAAUGAAAUAAGAAAAAAACUUAUUCCUGACUUACAAGUAAAUAAUAUAGAUAUAAGAAUUUUUGAAAAUGAGUUUGCCCCUGGUACAGACAUUCGUGAUGAAAUUCAGGAAAAGCUGGAUCAAUCAAGACAUUUUAUAUUCAUUCUUUCAAAUGAAAAUCUCCUAGACGAGGUUAAAAUGUUCAUUCUAUCGACUGUAAUUUCGAAAUCUGUGCUAUGUAAAGACAAUUAUCUAUUGUUAUUAACAUCUGAAAAUAUCAUUGCUUCUUACUUAUCUAAUGAAAUCGAAAAUUACUUAAACAAAUAUGUUACAGCAAGUAUGGCUGACCCAAAAUUCGAAACACGUUUAUUGAAAGCCCUAAAAUAA